UGCGCUCACGGAAGGCAACGCCAGAGUCCUCUAGAGACGGAGCACAGAGAAGGCGGGAGCGCGGACGGAGGCGCUAGCUCGCUUCGCUUGCUGCGGACGCCGCCGGAGUGGGCGCUCGCGCGCCCGGCUCCACCCUGAGGCGCAUGCGCUCUGGGUUCAGGUCCGCUCAGACUGUUUGAACAGGAAGGCGGACAUAUUUGUGUGACUCUGCCCGCCUUCAGUCGCUACUACUGAGGCAGAGGUGGACGCCCUGGGGCCUCAUUCUCUCUCCUCGUCGUUUUCAGGUUUCUUCACCGUGAGGAGCGAGCGCCUUCCUUCCAGCCGCAGGACCAAACGGAGGCUCCGAAGAGCGCGGAGGCACGCCAGCUCUUCACAGGCUUUGAAGCCCGGUGCGAAGUGAAGCGACCGCAGCUCCUGUCGGGAAAGAAAAGGAGGGGAAAGAGCCGCCCAACGACGGUGACCCGCGGCGGCGGCGGGGACCCGAGCAAGAGCGGCGAGUUAAAAAAGGUGCGGGGAAAAGAAGAAAAAGAAGAAGAUGAUGCCUCGGCCGUUACGCGGCCGUCGUUGAAGCCGCGGGUGUCCGGAGGGCAAGGCGGAGGUUUUCCCCCCUCCUCUUCCCCCCCUCCCCGUCCCACUGCAGCAGUGGGGCCAGGGCGGCCUAUGCGGCAGUUGGCACCUUCUUGCCCACCCCCGGCUGCAGCUUGAGGAGGCAGCGGAGCCGUGCACGGCCUCGGCCUUGGCGGUGUGGAGGGAGCAGCCUGGUGACGCUCUGUGGAGAAAGUUUCCUGUUUUUAUGGUAGGCCUCUGUGCCUCUUUUUUUCUUCCCUUCCCUUCCUUCCAAGUAGCAGCUACUCGGUAGCUGGCACCGAGGAGGAGGAGGAGGAGGAACCGGAACCGUUACGCGUUCUGCCAGGACGGUCGCCUGGCUGGGAAAAUGUGGCUGCAAAGACAAGAGGAGCCAGGCUGGAGACCCGAGAAAACGGGCAGGGCUGUAAUAACAGCUUAGAGACUCAAGGGAAGGGGCAGCGGGAAAGGCUACUCCUCGAGGAGGGGGUAGCGUCUCUGGACCCCCUUUUCGGCUCCGAACUCGCUGUUGCGCGAGGAUGUGUGGCGUGGAGAGCAUGAGGGACAACCCUAGUGCCUACCUGGUCCUGCCCUGAGGAGGAGAGUUGGGGGAGGAAGCACCGGGAGCACCCGUGUUCCGUUUUUGCUUGUCUGUGGAUUAAGGCGACCACCACCACUUCAGCACCAUGUCGGCAGGAGAAAGCUUUGAGUCUCGGUUCGAAAAGAUCGGGAUGAUGAUAAGAGACCCCAAAUCUGAAGUGAACUCGGACUGCUUAUUGGAUGGUUUAGAUGCACUAGUCUAUGAUUUGGAUUUUCCUGCCCUAAGGAAAAAUAAAAACAUAGACACCUUUUUAAACAAAUAUAAAGAUACAGUAAACAAAAUAAGAGAUCUCCGUAUGAAAGCUGAAGAUUAUGAAGUAGUGAAAGUGAUUGGAAGAGGUGCAUUUGGGGAAGUCCAGUUGGUAAGGCACAAAUCAUCCCGAAAGGUCUAUGCCAUGAAACUUCUGAGCAAGUUUGAGAUGAUAAAAAGAUCAGAUUCUGCAUUCUUCUGGGAAGAAAGAGAUAUCAUGGCAUUUGCAAAUAGCCCUUGGGUUGUUCAGUUGUUUUAUGCAUUUCAAGAUGAUCGUUACCUUUACAUGGUGAUGGAAUACAUGCCUGGCGGGGACCUGGUGAAUUUAAUGAGCAACUAUGAUGUUCCUGAAAAAUGGGCAAGAUUUUAUACAGCAGAAGUUGUUCUUGCAUUAGAUGCAAUUCACUCUAUGGGCUUCAUUCACAGAGAUGUAAAGCCUGACAAUAUGCUGCUAGAUAAAUCUGGUCAUUUAAAACUUGCAGAUUUUGGUACCUGCAUGAAGAUGAAUAAGGAAGGUAUGGUACGAUGUGAUACAGCUGUUGGAACACCUGACUAUAUAUCCCCAGAAGUAUUAAAAUCACAAGGUGGUGAUGGUUAUUAUGGACGAGAAUGUGACUGGUGGUCAGUUGGUGUCUUUUUGUACGAAAUGCUUGUUGGAGAUACACCAUUUUAUGCAGAUUCUUUAGUUGGAACAUACAGCAAGAUUAUGAACCAUAAGAAUUCUCUUACUUUCCCUGAUGAUAAUGAUAUAUCUAAGGAUGCAAAAAAUCUUAUUUGUGGAUUCUUAACUGACAGGGAAGUUAGAUUAGGCCGAAACGGUGUUGAAGAAAUAAAGCGGCACCCAUUUUUCAAAAAUGACCAGUGGUCUUGGGAAAAUCUGAGAGACACUGUAGCACCUGUUGUGCCUGAUUUAAGUAGUGAUAUUGACACCAGCAACUUUGAUGAUUUGGAAGAAGAUAAAGGAGAAGAAGAAACAUUUCCUAUACCAAAAGCAUUUGUUGGCAACCAGCUACCUUUUGUGGGAUUUACUUAUUACAGUAAUCAUCAGUAUUUGUCUAGCUGCACUGCAAAUUCUAAUGACAACAGACAAAGUACCAAUGUGGAUAAAAGUUUGCUGGAAUCUUUGCAAAAAACUAUAUAUCAGCUUGAAGAACAGCUACAUAAUGAAAUGCAGCUGAAAGAUGAAAUGGAACAAAAAUUCAGAACAUCGAACAUUAAAUUAGACAAGAUAAUGAAGGAAUUAGAUGAGGAAGGUAAUCAGAGAAAAAAUUUGGAAUCAACAGUUGCUCAGGUUGAGAAGGAAAAUAUGCUUCUUCAGCACAGAAUAAGUGAACAUCAAAGAAAAUUUGAACAGGAGAAUGAGAAACGCAGAAAUGUAGAAAAUGAAGUGUCAACAUUAAAAGAUCAGUUGGAAGACUUGAAAAAAGUCAGUCAGCAAUCACAUAUAACUAAUGACAAAAUACUGCAGUUACAAAAACAACUUGAAGAAGCCAAUGAUUUACUACGGACAGAAUCAGAUACAGCAGCAAGGCUGAGAAAAAGUCACACAGAAAUGAGCAAGUCAGUAAGCCAAUUUGAAUCCCUAAAUAGGGAGAUGCAAGAGAGAUGUAGAAUGCUAGAGAGCACCAAAUUACAAGUGGAAAAGGAUUAUUACCAAUUGCAAGCAGCCCUGGAAGUAGAACGAAGGGAUAGGAGUCAUGGAUCAGAAAUCAUUGGAGAGCUACAAGCUCGGAUAACAUCUCUACAAGAAGAAAUUAAAGGUAUUAAAAACAAUCUUGAAAGAGCAGAAGAGGAAAGAAAACAGGCCCAGGACAUGCUUAAUCGAUCUGAAAAGGAGAAGAAUAAUUUGGAAAUAGAUCUAAACCACAAGCUUAAAAUGUUGCAACAGCGUUUAGAGCAAGAAGUAAAUGAACAUAACAUAAAUAAAGCCCGGUUAACUGACAAGCAUCAAUCAAUAGAAGAGGCCAAAUCAGUUGCUAUGUGUGAAAUUGAAAAAAAGGUGAAGGAUGAACGAGCAGCAAGAGAGAAAGCAGAGAAUCGAAUAGUCCAGAUUGAAAAACAAUGUUCCAUGUUAGACUUCGACUUGAAACAGUCCCAGCAGAAGGUAGAACACCUUAGUGAGCAGAAAGAGAGACUAGAAGAUGAGGUUAAGAAUUUAACGCUUCAGCUGGAACAUGAAAUAAAUAAGAGAACAAUGGCACAAAAUGAACUGAAGGUGCAUGCAAUAGAAGUGGAUAGCUUAAAGGGUUCCGAGAAGCAGCUAAAACAGGAGAUCAACACAUUAUUGGAAGCAAAGAGAUUAGCAGAAUUUGAGUUGGCUCAACUCGCCAAGCAAUAUAGAGGAAAUGAAGGCCAGAUGCGUGAACUACAAGAUCAACUAGAAGCUGAGCAGUAUUUUUCUACAUUGUACAAAACUCAGGUUAAAGAACUUAAAGAAGAACUUGAGGAGAAGAAUAAAGAAACUCAGAAAAAAAUACAGGAAUUACAAAAUGAAAAAGAAACUCUUGCUGCACAAUUAGACCUGGCUGAAACAAAAGCAGAAUCUGAGCAGCUGGCCAGAGCUCUUCUUGAGGAGCAAUAUUUCGAACUAACUCAAGAGAGCAAAAAAGCAGCAUCACGAAAUAGACAAGAAAUCACUGAUAAGGACAGUAUUUUAAGUCGGCUUGAAGAAACAAAUAAUACAUUAACCAAAAAUGUGGCAUUUCUUACAAAAGAAAAUUCGGAGCUAAAUGAAAAGAUUAAGAAACUUGAAGAAGAUUAUACAAUGAAGAAAGAAGAGGAAAUAAAUGUGAUUAGAAUGCAAUAUGAGAAGAAUCUGAACAAUGAAAAAACCCUUAAAACACAGGCAGUCAACAAAUUGGCUGAGAUUAUGAAUCGAAAAGAUUUUAAGUUAGAUAGAAAGAAAGUAAACAUGCAAGAUUUCAAGAAAAAGGAGAAGGAAAACCGGAAAUUACAGUUGGAACUUAACCAAGAAAAGGAGAAAUUUAAUCAGAUGGUAAUAAAAUACCAAAAGGAGCUGAAUGAAAUGCAAGCGCAACUUGUGGAAGAAUCUACAUAUAGAAAUGAGCUUCAGAUGCAGCUGGAUAGCAAGGAGAGUGAUAUAGAACAACUGCGCAGUAAAAUUUUGGACUUACAACAAGGCAUGGAGUCUACUAGCGUUGCCAGCCUUCAACCAGAUGAAACCGAUGGAAACGUUGUAGAAUCAAGAAUGGAGGGCUGGCUGUCAAUACCAAACAAAGGAAAUAUAAAACGUCAUGGAUGGAAGAAGCAGUAUGUUGUGGUAAGCAGCAGAAAAAUUUUGUUUUAUAACGAUGAACAGGACAAGGAGCUAUCUAAUCCAUCCAUGGUAUUAGAUAUAGAUAAAUUAUUCCACGUUAGACCAGUAACACAGGGAGAUGUAUAUAGAGCAGAAACUGAAGAAAUUCCCAAAAUAUUUCAGAUUCUAUAUGCCAAUGAAGGGGAAUGCAGAAAAGAUUUGGAAGUAGAAGCGGUACAACCAGCAGAAAAGACAAAUUUUCUGAAUCAUAAAGGUCACGAAUUUAUUCCAACAUUGUACCACUUUCCAGCCAAUUGUGAGGCCUGUGCCAAGCCCCUGUGGCAUGUAUUUAAGCCACCUCAUGCAGUGGAAUGUCGCCGAUGCCACGUUAAGUGUCAUAAAGAUCACUUGGAUAAAAAAGAGGAAUUAAUUGCACCAUGUAAAGUGAGCUAUGAUAUAACUUCAGCAAGGGAUAUGUUACUAUUGGCACCCUGUCAAGAAGAUCAAAAGAAAUGGGUUUCUCAUUUAGUAAAGAAGAUCCCCAAAACACCACCAUCCAGUUUUGUUCGUGCUUCACCCAGAACUCUUUCUACAAGAUCCACAGCAAAUCAGUCAUUCCGAAAAGUUAAGAAUGCUUCUGGAAAAGCUAGGUCAAAGGAAUAUGGAUCUAUUGGGGACAUUACUCAUUCAGAAAACUCAAGUUACUGUUAACAAUACGUGCAGUGCUCCUUGGAAUCCAGCAUGGUGCUGUCUGAGAAAUCUGGCCUUUUUUCACCAUAUAGAGCAGUGCAGAUUGGUUGGCUUUCCAAUGCAACUUUCACAGGCUUCAGAGCUCAGACUGCUAUUACUCUCUCCUCCUUCCUUUGGCAUAAAAGCACGCUGAGGGUGUCUUGUUGCGGGUUUGCCUUAACAUAGAUUAGAUUAAUUAUUACUGUGUAAUGCAAGUAAAAGCAAAUAAAGCUUAGCUACAAGUGAGGUUAAAAUGCUGCCUUUGGGAUUUCUAAAAAAUAAAAAUGUCUGUCAGUCUUGAUGGAAUGCAGUGGCCUUUUCUCAUAUCAGUGAGAAUAAGAUGACUGUUUACCCUGUGGGAGGGGUAUUUAUAUUGGGAUAAGCACACAGACUUGAGUAUAGGAAGAUGUCUCAAACUGAGAACUGAUUUUCUUUGAAAAAUCAAAGUUGUGCUGAAAAACCCCCCAGUAAAAACUGCUUGAAAACAAAGCUACAUAUAAUCACUUGAACUUCAGUGCCUUUUCUGUGUUGUUAUUAAUAAUGCUACUAAUUCAUCAUGAGACAGUUCAAAAGUGUUAAAUAUUUUGCUUUACAAACUACUAAUUCUACAUAUUUGUAAAGGGGGAGAAAUUGAGUAAUUAUGUGUACGCUAUGCAUUGUUGCCAAGCCAUACAAAAUUGUACUUCUAGAGGCAUUAGAACAGGUAAAACAACCAAGUUUGGAACCUUUUUUGGUACAUAAUUUUUCUAUAAUUUGUGUAACACUUUGUAUUAACAAUUUGAAGUGCAAAUUGCAAUAAGCACACACAACAAAAUGUAUGCACUGUUCAAAAUGUAAAUUAUUAAUAGAAUACUUUUAAAGGAUGUUGCCCAUUUAGUGCCUUAUUUUGAGAAUUAUUUUACUGCCAUGUCAAAUAAGCGUAGAAUUCUCAAAUACAUAUUAUUGUGUGUCAGUGGUUUUAUUGAUCAAACUAUUGUAGUUGAUUUAGUUACAUUUUCAAGUGUACAAUUAUGAAUGAACUCGCCUGUUGCCAAGAUAUAUUUUAAUCAUCAUAAAGGUAGUAAAUGCUUGUACCAUUUAAAAACAACAACCCUUAAAUACUUUAAAAUUCCAGACAGUACAGGAAUUAAAUGCAUUUAAAUUCUUGUUUUGUAGCAGGAAUAUUAUUGUGGUAUAACCAGUAUGGUUUGUUUUAUUUUUUAACCAAAUACCUCUUCAGUAAUUUAUAAUGGCUUUGCAGUUGUGUAUUAAGUAAGAAGCACUGGAAAACUGAUUCGUCUUCAGGACGAUAUGCAUGUUUUGAGUGGUGUUGAAAGCCGCACUAAUGGAUAUGUAAUAAGCAUAUCUGUUAUGAAAACAAUAAUGAUUCAUGCUGAUAAUACAAAAUAAAACUAAUUUAUGGAAGAACUAUUUUGAAAAUGACUGUGGUAUUUUUCUCCAGAAUACACUUCCUAGGAAGUUUUGGAAAUUAUUACGCUUUUCAAACAAGUGAACACUCUUAAUAUUUAAAUCUGAUACAAACUUGAUAAUCUUUUUAAAAUUACGUUUUUAUAAUGUCAUAAUUACUUUUUAAUACAGGGUAAAGUAGAAAAAUUCUCAUAGGAUUUUGAAGAAUUUAUUUUGAUAUGUGAAUUGUUAAGAUCCCCUUUACAUAAUGGUUUUCAUCAAAAAGAAAUACCAGGUACACAGCUCUAAAAAAAACACAUGUACUUUUAAUUUAUAAUUAAAUCAUGGUUAAUAGUAAAACUGUGUCUAGCUUGUUCUGCACUCUGGAAGUCAGUGAUACUACUCUAUCACUAUGCAGAAGUAACAUGCACUUCAGUGAAAAUUGGACUGGGUGGCCAGAAAGGAUUGGCCAUGAGUAGGAGAAGGAUGAGAUGGUAGGUUGCAGCAGAAGAGCUGAAAAGGAAGGCCAGAAUUGUUCAGAAAUAGUUUUGUGGGCCUUGCGAAGGGGGUAGUAAUUUUAGAGAUAAAAGGAGGAAGGAUUGUUGUAAGAAUGGGCACAGUAAGGUAUAAAGCGCAAAGGGUAGGAAGAGAGGGAGGAAAAGAGAGGUGAGAUACUAUGUGGGAUAGCCAGGGAGUAAGAAGUGUUAUAAAGGGAAGCAGGUAAGAAGUGAGGGACAAAGAGGUGGGGACUUCAGGACUUGAAACAGAUUCAAGAAGUCAACAAAAGGGGGCUUGUUGCCAUAGUGAACACAGGGAGAAAUGACCUUAAUUAAAGGAAAGACAAACAAACAUACAGUCAGUAAUUUUGCUGUUUACUUUGCUUCAUUCUAAUGGUGAGGCUUCAGAAAUACAUUUUUGAAACCACACCCUUAGAAUCAAGCAAAGCACCCUUUAUACAAAAAUGUAUGAAGUAAUAUGAUUCAUUGCACAUUACUCUCAUGAAGAUGAAUAGAAAGUAAUAUUUUAUUUACAAAUUGGUUUAAGCAUUAUCCCUAAAAGUGGAAUUUACAACUUUGUUGCCAGAAACAGAAAAUUGGUCAAGGGCAUGAGGGCACCUAGAUGGACAUGAACUCAAAACCAUGUAUCCAUGUCAUAGCUUAAUAAUACUAGUACUGUUACAGAAUGUAGUAGGAUAGAGAGAGUAUUGAUGUAUAACAAUAACUGCUCUUUCAUGAAAUAUUAUAUGGGUUUUCAGUGCUUUCACAUUUGACAUUCUGGAGAAUUAUGCCUAAUCAUUUAAAAUGCCCAGUUGAUUUGGUGUGUGUGUUCAGCUUAAAAAAAAAUCUGAUUCCUGAUUAUUUCUGGAUUUGACAGGCCUCUCCUCCAUGCAAUGUUUGUACAUUGGUGUUUCAAUGCUCCAGUGUGAACAAUGUAUUGUUAUAGAAUGUGUUCUGUGUUACCAAUACUGUUAGUUUUCACUUUGUUGGUUUGUUAUCUUGUGUUCCUCAACCCACCUGUAUAUAUAUCCACCACCUUCUCAGUCCAUUUCAUGAAUCAUUUGGAGUAGCUGUUGCCUGUUAAACAUUAUGCUGCAAUAAACAAAUGAGUCUUUAAAGUGC